AUGGGAAGAUCGACUUCCUGUUUCAAAAUAAUCACCUGCGGUGGCGAUUCUGCUGACAGAGAUGAUCUUCAACUCCCCGAGUCUCAGUUAGAUGAUAUUAUUCGAACUUCGUUUCAGAGCAAGGGUUCAAGUGACAAGCGUGGAUGGAGUUUCCGGAAGAAAUCUGCUCGUCAUCGAGUUCUCAGCAACACUAUCAUUUCAGAAACCACCCCUUCUUCUGUGAAUAAGGAGAGUCCAGAAUCCACAAAUUUAAAUUUCCAACCACCAGAAAUUCCUCCUGCUCCAGAGAAAAUUGCUGUGAUUCAAUGCACCGAUGAGAAACCACAGCUGUCUGAGAAACCACAGCUGUCGGAGGAACCACAGCUGUCUGAGAAACCACAGCUGUUGGAGGAACCACAGCUCUCGGAGGAAAAACAGUUGUCUGCUUCAACAGACCAGGAAGUACUUGAGACCUUUGUUGUCACUGAGAACGAGAAUGAAGUUGAUGACCAUGUGGAAGAGUCUAUUAUUAUUGUCAUACAGGCUGCUGUCAGGGGUUUUUUGGCUCAAAAAGAACUCCUCAAGCUUAAGAAUGUUGUUAAGUUGCAAGCUACCGUACGUGGCCACCUUGUCCGGCAGCAUGCCAUUGGAACCCUACGUUGUGUUCAAGCCAUUGUUAAAAUGCAAGUUCUUGUCCGUGCACGUUUGUCACUCAAGGGCUCACAUGAAGAAAAGGAGGUUGGUGGGAAGCAUGACAAGCCUAUAUCCAAGACCUCGGAGAAGGAAACCUCAGUAAUCCAACCAACUGCAACAUACAUUUCCAUUGAGAAGCUUCUCAGAAAUAAUUUUGCUCGUCAGCUAAUGGAAUCAACACCAAAGAGCAAGCCUAUCCGCAUCAAGUGUGAUCCUUCUAAACCUAACUCUGCUUGGAACUGGUUUGAGAGGUGGAUGUCUGUUUCAUCAGCAGAACCAACACCCAGACCAGAGCUAAUAACUGAACAAAAAGAAAUAGAGAAAAGCGAGAAUAUUACAUCUCCAGUGCAAAAUAGAGUCCCACCUGAAGGAUUCUGCAAGUCGGAAGAUUCAAAGUCCAAUAUCAAGGAAAUUGUUCUGCCAUCUGAAAGCGAAGAGAAUCUGAUAAAAUCUGAUGUGUCUGACUUUCAGUUUCAGGUGUGCCAUCCAAACUCCCCUUCAGCGGGAGAUAAUUUGGAGCAGCCUCAACCUGAGACGAUUAGUAAAUCUGAUACAGAGGGAACCUUGAUAACUAUAAAUUCUCUUCUGAAUCAAACUUCGGAAUCGGAGGUAACUUCCAAAAUGGUGACUGAUUCUCUUCCUCAUAAGCAAGAGAUAGAAGGUGAACAACCUGAUCAACCCAAACGUUCUAUGAAAAGGGGAGCAUCUGAACAAUUGGAUACUGAAGAAAAGAAGUUUGUAUAUGGAUCAAGGAAGGCAAGCAGUCCUGCAUUCGUUGCUGCCCAGACAAGAUUCGAGGGCCUGAGUUCAACGGCCAGUUUGAAUAGAUCAUUCAGUUCUUCGCAUCAAGAUAGGGGAGUUGAAUCAAACACGGAGAUAUCUGGGAUGGAUUCUGAAUCAAGGACGAAGGACAUUACAGAAAACUCAGUCUCCCAUAGUUCAAGGGCCCAAUAUGGUGGCUCUGAAUGUGGUACUGAACUUUCUGUUACUUCUACUCUUGAUUCACCUGAUGUAUUUGAAGUUGGAGCUGCAGAAUUCGAGCACGAAACCAAAGUUUCAGAGGAAGGAACUUCUAAUCCUAACAGAACAAAAGACUUAGAUGUUGAAGACAAGGAUUCGUCUAAGGAUCCAGUUUCAAAUUUGUCUCACAUGGUUCAGCCUGAGAAACUUGAGGAUGUCAAAGGUGAAUCAGCGAAUACAAUUGUUGUUGUAGAUUCUGCACAGGAGGAGAUGAAUCCAGAGAGAAGUGUAUCUGAUGUCCAGAGAGAGCUGACCCCUGAGACUGGUGGUCUAGCAUACAGAUCAUCACCAGAAGCUUCUCCCAGAAGCCAUUUAACUGUUCCAGAGUCCCAAGGAACACCUUCAAGUCAGCUAUCUGUGAAAGCUAAAAAGAGCAGAGCUGACAAAAGCAGUUCUAGCCAAAAACGUAAGUCUUCAUUAGCAAGUAAGAGAUCACCAUCUAACCCAAAUCAUGAUUCUGGAGCGAGAAGUAGUGUGGAACAACUGUUCAAAGAUCAAAAGAAUGGGAAGCGGCGCAAUUCAUUUGGUUCUCCAAAACCUGACAGCACUGAUCAAGAGCGAAGAGAUAGCAGCAGCAGCAGUUCUCUCCCGCAUUUCAUGCAAGCCACAGAAUCAGCAAGAGCCAAAAUCAAUGCAAAUAACUCACCAAGAUCCAGUCCAGAUGUGCAGGACAGAGAUUUCAUCAAGAAGAGACAGUCCUUACCUGGUGCAAAUGAAAGGCAGGUUUCUCCACGCAUCCAGCGGUCAACAUCUCAAGCACAGCACGGUGCAAAGGGAAAUGGUAAACAUGUUCAUGGUAUUCUCGAACUUUCUUAUACUCAUUUAUAUUCUGUCUGGCGUUGUGUUUGA